CAGUCCCCUCCCAAAACCUCACACUCCUUCUCUGCUCGCUCAUUCUCCGCACUCACUCCACGCAUGAAGCCCUCUGACUCUUUCAACGCUACCAUGGACAUCACUCAUGCAUUCCACCACAACAUCAGCGCGAGGAGCGAAGUAAACAUGUUUGAACAACUGCCGACAGAGAUAUUAUGCACCGUCCUCGAGUAUGUUGUUGAACCCGGCGAGGACAGACUCUCGGCGAGCGACGACGGGGAUGGCCCCAAAGCAGGCAACUCACUGCAGUACUGGUAUUUAGAUCCGAAUCGGUCACUGCUCCGCCUAGUAUGUCGCUCUUGGAACCAGACCAUCCUAGCCAUGGCCAGGGAAAUGAACAUCAAGCUUAGUGCCGACGAGUCCAUGAAGACCCUGUUGGAUUCUGUCGCCGCAAAUAACAAGUCAGCAUCGUUUGUCAAGGACACUACCACUCAACAUCGAUCAGCAUCAACUGCUCAAAGCUCUAGCUACCAAAGAAGCGGUGCGCCUGAAAGCAGCGGUAACUCGAACAGCAACAAUCCAACUCGGAGGGCCACAGCAGGAGGAAGUAGUCGCACACUAAGGCGAUCGGCCCGACUCAGGGAGGCAUCAGCAGCCAACUCACUCGCUAGAUCAGACGCGCCUUCAUCAUCGACACCUUCAUCUCAUUCGCGUUCGACCGUAGAUUGGACCUUCCCAUAUUCUGCGACAGACAGCGGCUCGCGACUGAGAUUGAACUUUAGCAGAGGGCUAGCAGCAUCCCACGGCAUACAGUCUGAUCGCCAUCCGCGAUUAUUUCGGCACAUCAUUCAAGAACAGCGCGAACGCCGACGCAUAGCUAAGCAAAAUCAUAUUCCAAUCCAAGGAUUCUACUGCGCGGUUCCGAAGCAACCAAUUUCGGCCGACGGCACUGGAGCUGGAACAAGCAGCCAGCACGCAGAGCUCAAAAUGAAUCCCUGGACCUGCCCACCUUUCAUCAGCUCGCUCUGUGUUGAAGGAAAUAUGAGUCGCUCGAUGGAUCCCAAAGAGGAGGUCGUGAUUUCUGCCAGCUAUUCAGGAAUCAACCCGCGACCGGGCGGAGGGGCCAUCGACUGUCUUUCAAGCACGCCACACUACCGCAUGAACGAGAGAGAACAUGGAUCCAUGCUUGACCACUGGCUCCGAGCUGCAGUUCCACAAGGUCUGACCUCGUUUUCGAUCUCUCGAUCAGCCGAUUUCGGAAUAAAUGGGCUGCUUUCGCUUCCAAAGACUUUGAAGACCCUGAAAAUCAGCCGAUGCCCAAGAGUGACGGGUGGCACUCUUAUGACAGGAUUUUGGCAUUUGGCCAACCUGACGUCGCUGACAAUAUGUUCCGAUAUUAUGUUCACGGACGAGAGUUUCACAAUUGCGCUGAGUUCAUUGGAGCAUCUCCGUCAUGUCAUCUAUAUCUACCCCUGCGACCCUAUCCAACCUGCCUGGCGAGAUCUGUUCCGCUAUUGCUCCUCAUGCGAGCUCUAUCAUCGUCGAGUCACAACAAAAACAUAUCGACGUAGUUUGCUGAUGCCGGAGCUGCCUUCUCAAAUUCAAGAUUUUACGUUUGAGAUGGACGAACCAAGGUUCCAGCAUAUACGACUUGACACCUUUGAGCCCGACCACCAUGGAUUUGGCCGCACAGACAAUGCAAAAUUCUCUCUUAGUUUAUGGAAAGCUGGGGCGGUCUCGGAUACUGCCAAUAUCGCAUCUUGUCAGAUGAAUGACUGGUGCGGAUUUGAACUUUCAGGGAGUGAAUUGCGCUCAUGGUGGCCCGAAAACCUGACACGGCUCGAUCUUUCCAAGUCUGUAGUCACCGAUGGGCGCUUUGACGUGCCUUCUCGACUGGAGGAGCUGAUCAUGUCUUACCCUCUCGAGCCAAACGAGAUCAUAGUGGAUGAGUCACCAGUCAAGUUCGAGGAAGACAAGCAGUGGUUUCCAUCGAGUCUGACAACGCUUGAGGUACGCGGAGCGCCCUAUCAUGUGUCGUGUGAGAUGCAGGAAAGCCCCACAGAAAAGGUCACUAUGUGGAUGGCAUAUAUCAACAAGAUGCUGAAGAAGGUUCCGCGUCAACUUGAACACCUUACGAUAAGCAGCUUCCAGAUCCCGGAUGCCGACGCAAUGACUCUGAUGAAGGAUCGUGUUCAGAAGACACUCAAGACCUGGAAGGUUCGACUGUUGUGUCCCCAGAGACCAAAGCAAGGAGGAUUCUCCACAUCCCAACUGUACUCGCCUAUCAUCUAUGUGGAUGAAUCUAGUGACGAGGAGGGGCGGGAUUUUACAGCAAUCUCUUCUGAUGAUUAUGAUUCAGACGACUCGGAUGACUCGGAGGCGAGUUUUUAUGUCCCGGAAGGUCCUAUUUCUAGACGAAUACAGCGAGCGCUUUAUCAUCAGGGUGUCAACAGUGCGCGAGCGGCCUUGCGACAGUUUGUGGAUGCUGCUACGGCAGAGCAGUACGAUGUGACACCGGUCAUGCUGCGAGAAGCCAUCAGAGGUAUGAGCGUUCUGGAGAGGUUAGAUGUAGAGGUCAACUACCAGCACUACCGGUCCUGUCGCGCGAUGUGGAAAGGCAACCUGGGGCUUUCAGAGUCGACGUCAUCUGCUGCUAAGCGAGGUGUACGAGGAAAGGAGGCCGGCAUUUCAAAUGACUCGGUUGCAGACAUUGAUAAUGAGGACGGUAUAGCUAAGCAUGAAGGGUAUAGAAGCAAAAGGCAGAGGAUUGGAAAGAUGGCAAGCUCAUUUACAUUCAGCGCUUCUACUAGCAUGGCCAAUAACUUCAGGACUGCAGACACUGAGGGAUGCGAGGAAGUAGCUCGUCCAGAAAAAAAGGACAGGAAGGGCAAGGGUAGAAAGGUGGAGUGCGACGACGAUCGACCUAGACCCAUCACUGUCAGCGAAAGCAAGAGGCCCUGGGAAGAGGAUAGUGAGAUCGAGGACAGUUCAAGCCAGCAGGACUUUGCACUUAACCAGUUGAUGGGACAUGGAAAAAUGGGCCGGCGUCCGAAGACUGAAAUCCGGUACUGGAACAACUCGUGCUGUGGCAAGCGAUGCCUUGGCUGGAUCCGUAUGCACGAUAAUUAGAAGAAUCUUUAGGCUCUAGUGGCACCGUGUUAGCCUAGGAGGAGAUUACCGGAUGCCUUAUUCUAUACAUUUGAGCCCUGUUUGUGAUUUCUCAUGACAAGUUUUGAUCUUUUGUGAUAGCCCUUCAAUAAAGCAAACUCGAUGAAUAUAGUCGAGUAAUUACCGCUUCGGCUCUCAAUUUGGCGCAUAUGCGUCAUUUUCAAUGCCGUUUUUGCCAGGAAUAGAAAACCGGGCCAUGUGGACAUGAG